CACCAACACUCAACCAGUGAAUUCAAGUGGACAACAGAAUAUCUGUGUUCCCUCUACAGAAUAAGCAUUGGUGCUAGAACCUCGGGCUAAAACACACUGGACUAAACUGAAAACCAGAUGUUGAUCUACUACUGAGCUAAAAACUACUGUUGAGAUCUGAGCAUGCCAGAGGAAGGUAUGGAGGACAACAAGAGGGGAGAGGAGAGACCCAAGUGGAACAACAAGGCAGAGUACCUGCUGACCUGCAUUGGCUUCGCUGUUGGAGUGGGCAACGUGUGGCGCUUCCCCUACCUCUGCCAGAUUUACGGAGGGGGUGCGUUUCUGAUCCCCUACCUGAUAGCCCUGGUGUUUCAGGGUCUGCCUCUGCUCUACUUGGAGCUGGCUAUAGGACAGAGGCUCCGCAUGGGCAGCAUCGGAGUCUGGAACUCCAUAUCACCCUACCUGGGAGGAGUAGGUGUAGCCUCAAUGGUGGUGUCCUUCUGUGUGAGUCUGUUCUACAACACUAUCGUGGCCUGGGUCCUCUGGUACCUCUUCAACUCCUUCCAGGAACCCCUACCCUGGAGCCAAUGUCCCCACAACCACAACAACACAGGGUACGUGGAGGAGUGUGUAGAAAGCACGCCGGUCAACUACUUCUGGUACCGUCAGACCCUGAACAUCACUCCUAACAUGGAGACCAGUGGCUCUCUACAGUGGUGGUUGGUGGUCAGCUUAGCUGCCGCCUGGUCUAUCGUUUACAUCUGUUUUAUCAGGGGGAUCGAGACCAUCGGCAAGGCUGUGUACGUCACAGCAACGUUCCCCUACCUGGUACUAACCAUCUUUCUGGUGAGAGCCCUGACCCUACCUGGAUCAUCUGUAGGUCUGAUCUACCUGUUCACACCUGACUGGGAGAUCCUGAAGAACCCCCAGGUAUGGCUGGAUGCUGCCACUCAGAUCUUCUUCUCUCUGUCAGUGGCCUUUGGUGGACUCAUCUCAUUCUCCAGUUACAAUAGCCAGAAGAAUAACUGUGAAAGGGAUGCUGUUUUAGUGGGGGUUAUAAACAGUGCGACAUCUAUCUAUGCCUCCAUCCCCAUCUUUGCCAUCCUGGGAUUCAAAGCCCACACCAACUAUGUCACCUGUCUGAAUGGUAACAUCUUAGCACUGACCAAUGAGUUUGAUAUUAGCGACAUGAACAUAACGGUUGAAAACUACGAGCAGUGGUUUGACUCUUUGAAUGGGACACAUCCAUCUAGAGUAUCCGAUCUCAACCUGAAGACAUGCGACCUGCAAACCUUCUUGGAUCAGAGUGCGUCUGGUACUGGGUUAGCAUUCAUCGUGUUCACAGAAGCGGUGAUAUCGAUGCCUGGCUCUCAGGUGUGGGCUGUGCUCUUCUUCAUCAUGCUGUUCAGUCUGGGUCUGUCCUCCAUGUUUGGUAAUCUGGAGGGCGUCCUCACGCCCCUUCAUGACCUCAAACUGGUGCCCAAGUGGAUGCCCAAUGAGCUCUUCACAGCAAUAAUCUGCCUUGUAUCGUUCCUGGUGGCUCUGAUAUUCACUAUGGGUUCGGGGAACUACUGGUUGGAGAUCUUUAACAGUUACGUGGGCUCUGUACCUCUCCUCAUCAUCGCCUUCUUUGAGAUCAUCGCUGUGGCAUACAUCUACGGAAUAGGACGGUUCAGUGAUGACUUGGAGUUCAUGACAGGACAUAGACCGAACAUCUUCUGGAAGGUUUGCUGGUUGGUCAUCAGCCCUCUGAUGCUGAUCGUGGUGUUGGUGGCGUACGUUGCCGUCCAGGCCCAGACACAUCCCACCUACGCAGCAUGGAAUCCUGACUACGUGAACUUCCCCGACACAGAGGUUCUGCCGUAUCCAGACUGGGUGUUUGCCAUCUGUGUCCUGCUGUCUUCAGUACAAGUUAUCUCCAUACCUCUGGUGGCCAUCUACAAACUCAUCUGCUGCAUGUCAGGAAGACACUCUGAAGACAGUCUCCACAACGAUCCGAAUCCUUAUGCCAACGAAGACUACGUUGUAGAGAGAGCUAGACCCUAG